AGAAUGUUACAACCUCAUUAGGCUUUACGAAUAUAAAUAAUAAAAUCCUUUUUGAAUUGAAGUUUCCAUAGACAACAUUUCGCAUAAAUAACAAUGUCACAUAUAAGUUAAUAGCUAUAGAUAAGGUUUAUAGUAUUAUUUAGUUGCUAAAAGAUUAUUAAUUUAAUCAUUCAGAAAUAGUGUUCAUACAUUUUAAUACAAGUUCAGUGCUUGACAUGGAGGAAUUAAAGGAUAUUGACAGUUCAAAAUCCAAAGAUGCAAGCGGUGGAGGUGGAGAAAAUGUCCCUAUAGGCCACAAAGAGGAACUGACAGACUCGCAAUGCCAGGACUGUAAUGAUGGAGGUGUUGGAGAUGUUGGCGAGGAGAAGAGUGUUACCCGGGUUGUUGGGCUGAACGAUGUUGAUGCUGUUCCUUGGAAUGCACCGGUCACCGGCGAGUCUGGCGGCGAGUGCGCCUGUUGUCUCUUCUGGAGUUUACUGUGCCUUAACGUCAUUUGUGGCAUAAUGCAUCUCACGUAGUUGAAUGAGAAAUUAUUAAUGUAACUCCAAAUGUUGACUCUAAAAUGA